AGGGCCAGUGACCUGCAGCUGGCCCGGCCGGAGCCUCGAAAGCACCCCUGCUUCAACUACAGGGCCUGGCUCUACAGUGUCCUCAUAGGGGUCACCGCAACAGUCUACCAGAAUGUUUUAGAGGACUUCAUGAUUCCUUCUGCUGAGGAUCUGUAUGGAGAUGCAGAUUUCAUCUUCCACCAGGACCGGGCCCCAGCCCAUACUGCCAGAAGCACCGAAACCUGGUUUGAUGCCCAUGCCAUCACAGUGCCGGCCAAUUCGUCGGAUCUAAACCCCAUUGAGAAUCUACGGGGUAUCACCGAGAGGAAAAUGAGGGGCACCAGACCCAAAAACAAAGAAGAAAUCUGGGCUUCCACAACUCCCAACUUGUUGUUUUUUGCAAUGCUUUGAUUUGUUGUCUUUUACAAUAAGGCUUGUUCGAGUUAUGACUGUAUUCGCCAAGCACUGGCUAUUCAUUACUGUACUUUGUCAAGGCUGAAUAGCAAGCGCAACCUGCUGCAUUGCUGCCCUUUUCUAAAAUAAGAAAUAGUGGUACAUCAUUCCAAAUAUGUCUUACAAUAAGGAUCCCUUUUGGUCAUCAAGAAGAGGCCCCUGCUGACUAGAACAUUGUUUAACUAUUAAUACUGCCAUUACUAGUAACCGUUUUAAAGUGGCAAUAUAUGGUCUUUUUGUUAGAAUGCAAAUGCCCAUACACCUACUGGGCAGAUUUAUACAAAAUAUAUGGAGUACAAACAAUGUUGAAAAAAAUGUAGCCAAAGUAAUGCAAUUAUUCAAAUACGGAUUUUGGAAAAAAAUGAUAAAUGAAAUUGAAUUUUCAUUUUUGACCGACUGAAAAUAAAAUAAAAAGCACAUGAGAAAAUUCUCAUGUGCUUUUGUCUACCGGAUUUUAGAAAAUAAACAAAGUGGAGCACUUCCCCCCCCCUCACCCACCCCCCAAUUCCUCUUCAUAUUACUCCAAAUUCCCAUAUAUUCCAGUUAGUUCCUUUAAAUUUCUUUUUACGACUGGUAAGUUUGGACUCAUUAUAAUUUGCAUAUCGUUGACAUCUCGUGAGAAUGCAAUUGUCAUCUAUUUGUCUUUUUUCAUGCAUAUGCCCACCUGAACGGGUGUGUACGCGAGCACAGGGCAGUCUGCUCAUCACCUCCGGAUUCUCUUUGUACCUCGGAAAUCUCUUUCCUGUUGCCAUGGACUACUUGCGCUGUGCUGCAGGCGCUGGCCUACCAGCAGCGAUUGCUAGCUUUGCUAUUGCCAAGAACAGACAUGUUGCAGUGUCCGAUUUCCAGGUGGUCUACGUGUCGACGUUUGCAGUGACGACCACCUGCCUGGUUUGGUUUGGAUGUAAACUGGUUCUCAACCCUUCAGCUGUUAAUAUCAACUUUAACCUCAUUUUGAUGAUUUUGCUGGAGGUGUUGAUGGCUACUACUGUCAUCUUGUCAGCUCGCUCUGGAGAGGAUUGCUGCUGCCACAGAAGGACUGACACGAGCCAACGACCUUUGGUUACAACUCCUGCGGUGUUCCCCACUCGUCUUCUCAAAGCUUACUCAGUGAUCGAGGUCAUCGUCGGAAUCUCUGCUGUGUUCGGAGGUAUCAUUGCGCUCAACAUGGAUGCCUUGCUGCCCGGCCCGUACUUGUCUGUCACAUUUUUCUGGAUCCUUGUGGCUUGUUUUCCAAGUGCUAUCGCAAGUCAUGUUGUGUCGGAAUACCCAAACAAAUGCCUGGUGGAGGUGCUGAUCGCCAUCAGCAGUGUGACGUCUCCUCUCCUCUUUUCCGCCUCCGGCUUCCUCUCUUGCAGUGUGAUCAGCUUAAUUGACAUUUUUCUACAUGAUGUACCUCCGGCCAAGCAAUCCUACGACAUCUUGCUGCUGAUUCUGCUGGCGUUACUGCUGGUGCAGGCAGUUUUGAAUUCCGCCACCGUGGUGCACUGCGCCUCCUACAAGAGUCGCCUCCGCUUGAGAGCAACACAACAGUGUGACGACAACAUGGGAACCUCCGACCAGCACUGUGGGCAAUCAUCCAAUGGAGUGCUGCAGAACUUCAGCAAAGAAAGACCCCGCAAGGCCAUUAUGGUGCAAAUCACUCAAUGAGCACUAUUACCACAAUACAGAAGAAUACUACUUGGAGGCCCCAAUAAGUGGAAAGUAAAUUGGGGGAAAAAAAAAAAGGAAUUUUUCAUGCAAACAGUAUCAUGUCCUACUGUAAGUAGAUUGCUACAGUGAGAACCAUCGAGUGAAUACAGUGCUGCUUCUCAGGUGCUUAGAUUUGUGCAUAGUUUCACCACUUCAAUGUUUGAGAUCAUCAAACAAAUGUCAAUAUCAGACAAAUAUAACCCAAGUGAACUUAAAAUGUUGUUUCGCAUUUGUCGUCGCCAAGGCUACAUUGGAUUAGGCCCUUGGUUCUACAGUAUGCCAUCUGUGAUAGAUUUAGACUUUGGUUUGUUGUCCACUAAGGGACAAAUCAUUUCCUGAACCUGCAGCAUAUAUUUCUUGUUGGAGCAGCAGGGUUAUGACAGUGAAGGUAUGAUUGUGUAGCAUUUUUGCACUUUUAGGACAUUGUGUAAAGCGCAGUAUCGCUGUAGUUAAUUGUCCUUUCCUGGUAUUUGAGAUCUUUAAAUAAAACCUGCAGAAAGUGUGUAUUUCUCCACGUUUUCGAAAGCCUACUGCAAAUGGUCUCAUUAUAAUUAUAUAUACACAACAAAUAAAUGAGCCAAGAAAUGUCCGAGUAUGACUGUACACUAUGUGUGUACUGGAGUAUGUUUGGUUUCAUGGUUUGCUUACACACCUCAG